CACAAACCAACGCCGAUUGUCAACAAUCAUAAUUUCAUUAAUUAGUCUAUAAAUACUGAUCAAACAGGACUUUAAAAAAAUCAACCAAGUGCAUAACAAGCAGGAUGGUUACAGCAACAGAGACGGAAACUGAUGAUGAUUCAGUCAUUGUUUUAGCAUCGCCAGCAGAUCCCAAUCAAACAUUACAAUUAGACUGCUUUGAUGAGGAACUAUCAGAGAUCCAGAAAGAAUAUUAUGAAAAAGGCUUAAAGGAACACAAUGACGUCAAGAAUCGAUUAAAGGAACUGAUUGGAAAUGCUCACAACAUUUAUUCAGGUGAAAUCUUCUCUGCCUAUGAGAUUCUUGGUCCAGCACCAGAAUUAGAAAGCUUCUCAAAACCAAUUUCUGCAUUCAAUAAGAAGGAACCCAAGCGAGAAAGAGGACGUAAGAGAGAACCAGAGCCUAGAGCUGUCGACUCUGAUGAUGACGAUGAGGAUACAAUUCCAUUAUCAAGACGUAAAGCAAAGAUUAAGAAAGAAAUGAAAGUUAAGGAAGUCAAAAAGGAAAAAGUUGAAAAGUCACCGAGCAUUACAAGUGUCAGUAACGUACGUCCAACAGAAUCAACAGCCAUUGGAGGACUGGUUGUUGGGACGGAAGCAGCUAAAAAGAAACCAGCUGUUGUUGAUCUUACUAAAGAAGACAAUGCUGGAGAUUCAACAGAAGUGGCAUUUAAUAAGCUUAAUGGCAAGACUUUCCCCAGCCUUGUUGUCGUUGCUCGUCCAUCACUAAAAGUUAAGGAUUCAUUCAAAAACGAUCGUUCUGCUUUGGAUAAUAAGGUAAAAGGAGUUCUUAUGCAUCCAGCUGUUAAAUUCACUGAAUGGCUUAUUCAAAAUGGUUUAAUUAAGUCCGAACAACAAUGUCAAGUCCAUACUGGAAGAAAUCUUAAGCUUGGCAUGUACAGUGAUGCUGCUAAAUUUCCAUAUAGUGGCGGUUAUGUAUGGAUUUCUCAAUGUUGCCCAACUCGAUUCGUUUCUGUAUUCAAUCGAUCCAUUUUUGAAGCUGCUCCAUAUGCCCCGACAGUCUUAUUAAAAUUGAUUUAUCAUUGGGUCUGUCAAACUAACGUUACGAAUGUCGUUCAAUGGGUUAAAGUCGAUAAUCUAUACUUGAAGAACUUCUAUUCAUGGCUUAGAUCAGCUUGUACAAUAGCCUUGCAAUCACAUAUGGGUAAAAUGGGUGGACAUAAUAAAAAAAUUGAAAUUGGUGUCAUUUCUCUCGGAACAACAACUCAGGAUGGAAAGCAGCGUCAAGUAAAGGUUGAAGUUCUUGGAAUUUUCGAUCCAGAUCAAAAAAUUGUAAGAUUACGUGCUGUUGAGCCUCUCGCUGAUGGUGAAAAUAAUCAUAAAAAGAGGUUCCAAAAGAUAUUGGAACCACUAGCUGAUUGGGUACAAAAGGAUUCAACAAUAUUAACAGAUUUAACUGUCGACAAGAAUGUUUUGCAUUCAAUGGGAUUUAAAAAUAUCGUUCAAGUCUCGCCACAAGAUCAAGCUAGAGCACCCAAUAGUAAUGCUCAAAUUAUGGACUAUUUAAGACGCAUUGUUCCUCGUAUGUUCCAAAAUACCCUCUCACUUUUGAGCCGUCAAAUUAUUCAGCAAUUCUUAGACGAAUUAGUAUGGCGAGAGCAAUAUGGAACCAGUCCUGGACAGGCAUUUGACAACAUUGUAAGCCACAUCUCCGAACAGACGAAAGUUGAAUCAAAAGAACCAUUUACUACGCGAUUGACGAAAGUAUCUGCAAAUCCAUACAAAAUGUGGGUCACAACGAAAUCGGGAAAGAGAAAAUAAAUCCACAAACUCUAAAAUGAUCUGAGCGAUGCAGAGAUAUAAAGGAAGUAUGAGAAAUUUUAGUGAUGAUUAAGGUUUUUUUUUCUGAGAAAUAUGAUUCAUCCUUUUAAAUUGAUAGGGGUAUUGCCGCUUAGAUCAUGUAAUAAUAUUAAUAUAUAUAUAAGUUUAAGGAGAUAUCUUGAAAUAAAUUUUAAGUCAAAGAAAAG